CACUGAUCCCUCGAGCUACAGCUUUGAAUGGACACGCACAUCUCAGUGAUUCGGCAGUCUCUCUUUAACCCUUCAGCAGCAGGACUACAGAGAGAGAGUUUGGCAGUGAUUUACAGCCUGGAGUCCAAUUGGGAAGCGUUUGAUCUGUAAAGAAAGCCAGGACAUGGAACUGAAGCAAACAUUCCCCACAGCUUCCAGAAUGGAGCCCCGGGAUGGGCCUGUCUGUCAGCCCAAAAUCUUCAUGAUUUCCAAACACACGAGCGUCCAGCUGGCCGAGCAACCAGGUGGAACAUUGCGGAAGAAGAUUCCGUCACCAGGGGAAUCUGCCAGCCCUCCCUGCUCCAGCUCUGAUCGUGUUCCCACACCCAAUGAUUUUGUCCCUUCGCAACGUCUGAAUCAGCUGGACACAGAGCUCGACUUUUCUCCAGGAAGAGCUGUCAAUGGAUGGACCGAACCACACAAUCCAGCUCUGGUUCUGGAGACGAAUGGAACUGAAGGACACUCUGCAUGUUCAGAUGUAGCACCCACUGAUCAGCCCAGGGUGGACACUGGAACAACUCAGGAUAAAACCAAAGCUCGACGGGAAAAGAUCUGGAUAAAGUAUGAAGGUGCUGGCCCGAUGGAUGAAGUGGGAAUGCCUAUUGCUUCCAGACCAAGUGUGAACAAGCCAAAGGAUUGGUACAGGAUGAUGUUUCAGCAGAUUCACAGCAGACCCACAGAUGAUGAAUUGGAUGCCUAUGAUGUAACAGACCAAUCAAACAGUAAGUUCCUUGUUAAGUUUUACCUUCAAAAUCAGCCAUUCCACACUCAUCGAUCUCAGUGCAGUCAGGGACAGCGAGCAUGGAUUUGGAAAGGGACAGUUCAUUCCGUUGAAACUGAUGGAAUGAAGGAGCUGGAACUCCGAGGAGCGGAGAGUGAAGGCCUGAGGCUGCAGGCUCAGCACAACAGUAUCUUCAGCUAUGAGCCAGGAGACUGGACAGUGCAGGGACCAGAGGAACAGGCUGAAUCUUCCGCUGUGAAUUCUGCCACCAGGAGACUCUCAAACUCCAUUGAGGUUUCACUCGAGAAAGAGCUGAGCCAGUUGGAAGCUCAGUUGGAUUCUGAUCUCCAGAACCUAAAGCUGCAGCUGGCGAAGAGAGACGGGAAGAACCAGGAAAACGCAGGAAGGCAGCAGCUGCAGGGGCAGUGUACAAGUGUCAGUGAAAUGAGCUCACCUCCUGGAUGGGCACAGUCACCUGUAAAUCUCCAACCCAGCGGUCAACGCAGUGAGUUGCCUGGCAACAGGAGCCUCCAUGCAGACACUGGCACCAGAGAUCACCCAGCACCCUCGGGAGGUGCUCGGAGCUGUGUGAAUAACGGGAACAGUCCUGAUGGGAGACAGGACAACUUGUCAGAUCGGCCACACACCUCUGAAAUGAGGAAGAUGAAGGCAGCACGAGCCAAGUUUGAUUUCCAGGCUGAAUCUGCAAAGGAACUUACUCUUCAGAAGGGAGAUGUUGUUUACAUCCACAAAGUGCUCGACCAUAACUGGCUGAAAGGGGAGCACCAUGGGAGGCUCGGGAUCUUCCCAACAUCUUAUGUUGAGUUUAUUCCUGACACUGAGAGACCAACACCAAUUAAGAGCCCGCCCAUCCAAAUCCUGGAGUAUGGAGAAGCUGUUGCUAUAUUCAACUUCAAAGGCAAUUUGAGUGUGGAGCUCUCCUUUCGCAAGGUGCCUGCUGACCCCAGACUGCAGUCUCACAGAAUUCCCACGAAGGUUGUAGGAUACCAGAUGGGAAAUACCGGAACUGGGAUUGGUGAAAGCUGGAGUCCGUACCGGGCACUGUAUAACUACCAUCCAGUGAAUGCCGACGAGCUGGAACUGAUGGAAGGUGACCUUGUCGAUGUGAUGGAGAAAUGCGAUGAUGGCUGGUUUGUAGGUACAUCUCGUCGGACCAACAACUUCGGAACAUUCCCUGGGAACUAUGUGCGACCAGCAUAAUCUUCCUCAUCAACAACAGAAUCUUCAUUACAGUCAUCCAGGCCUGAAUACACUCUCUCUCUCCCUCUUUGUCUUUCCUUCAUUCUCACUCUGUCUUUCCUUGCUGUGUCACUUCCUCUGUCAGUCUCUCUCCCUUUAGCUUUCUGUCUCUCUUCCUUUUCCUCUUUCUCUGUCUGUCUCUCUCUCUCCUUCUCUGUCUCUCUCCCACACUCUGUCUCUUUCUGUCUGUAUCUCUGUCUCUCCCUCCCUUUCUCUCUGUCUGUCUGUGUCUCUCUCCCUCUCCCACCUUUCUCUCUCUAUCUCACCUUUCUCUAUCUCCCCUACUCCUCUUUCUGUUUCUCUCAGUUUCUCUCUCCCUCACCCUCUCUGUCUCUCUCUCGCUCUCUUUCUCUGUCCAUGUGUCUCUUUCUCUUUCUGUCUCACUGCUUCUUACUCUCUCUCACUCUCUUUCUCUUUCUCUCUGUCUCUCUCUCUCUGUCUGUCUAUCUCUUGCGUUCUCUCUCUCUCUCUCUCUCUGUGUUUGUCGCUUUUAGAUCAGGUAAUCAGCCCGCUGAGACUUGAAACUGUCGUCCAACUGCUCCUUAUGCCUCAGUGUGGACCCGAACCGGAACCAGAUCUAAAAGGAGCUGGAUCAACUGGUGGGACCUCCCAGAUCCGAUUGGAAGUGGGGCUCAGGACCAGGGUGGAGAGUCGGGGAGUGGUGCAGUGAUUCAGAAAGAACUACACCUCUGCCAGCUGGAGUAACUGUGCUGCGAACAGGGUGCUGCAGAGUGUCCAGUGUGCAGGAUCACCCUUCCGUUGCUCACCCUGGGAUCAUCCAUAAUGGGAAUGGAUGGUUACAUGGGGAUCCCCUCACGCAGUGAGACUGUUACCCAUCAGAGUCAAUACUCUGGUACAGCACACGUCCAGUCAACUCCAUCCGGUUCUCCUGGACCUUCAGCAAAGGUUAGAAACCAUGCUGAUUUUGGAUGGAGGACGUUCUGAACAGCCACAGAGCAGACCUUACCUGAGUCCAGACAGAGAGCCCCAGGCCGUGAGAGCCCCAGGCCGUGAGAGACCCAGACCAUGAAAGUCUAGACUGUGUGAGUCCAGACUUGGGAAGCUGAGGUCAGCCCAGGCUGUGGGCUCUUUAGAAAGGGAUGACACAGUCAGGCUGAUAGGGACCGAGAGAAGUCAUUGAGUGACCAUGCAGAUUCAAACAGCAAAAUGCUGAGCAGACACUGCUGGAACACUGGCACAGGAUGAUCCCAGGCCAUAGGAGCAGCUGGCCGUCCGUGUGGGAAAAGUUCCAGGCUGUAGUCUUUGGAAGGGGUCUGGCUGCUGAGCUUUUAGUCUGUCUCUGACUGUGUCUGAGCUGGUUCGUGAGCUCUGUGCUGUGGCUGACUUGCAGAAUUGACUGCUAGAGCCUCGUAACUCCAGGAAUGUGCUUAACUCGGUCUUUCAUCUGUGUCGCUCUGUAUUCAUCAUAUAUUUGUAUAACCCUAUUCUUUCCAAUAAAACAAAAGAUAUCCAGAUUCAGAAA